GUUCCUUGAGUGGAUUCCAGCAACCUCCUAUUCAGCCAAAACAAUGAGUUUCAACGGAGCUGCACCAGCAUCCUUAGGUGUGAAUAAUGGGGGAGCCCUGGCCAGGGAGCAGAAGGCAGAGAAUCCCAAGGUUGUUGACAGUGGCUCUGGGACGCUCUUUAUCUAUGACGAUGCUAUUGUGUUCUCACCGCCCCUUUACAGGCAGCGAUAUGAGAUGGUAAAGAGCAAGAUCAAAGAAGUUAGUAAUGGGACCUUUAUGAAGGUUGUGGACAUGGGGAGUGCCGAGUUGGGUUUCUUUAAGUACCUUCGAGAGAUUCCAGGUAUCAGAGAGGUUGUGCUGGUUGAUAAGGAUGGCCAGAAAAUGCAGGAUAAUGAGUACAAAAUCAAGCCUUUCACAUCUGACCAUUUAAUGCUGCGUUCCAACCCACUGACUGUCCGCAUGGUGUGUGGUGACGUAAGGUUUUGUGACCCAAUAUUGCUAGGAGCUGAAGUGGUGACCAUGAUUGAACUGAUAGAGCACAUGCAAGAAUGGGAUCUGCCAGCUCUGGUGAACUGUGUGUUUCAUAGGAUGCGGCCAAAGCUGGUCAUCAUCACCACACCAAAUGCAGAUUUCAACAAACACAUCCCUAAAUUCAUUCCUGGGACAUUCCGACACUGGGACCACAAAUUUGAAUGGACGUCAAAGGAAUUCCAAAUGUGGUGCCAGAGUAUCAUACAGACAACUGGUAGCUACACUGUUGAAUACUCAGGCUGUGGACUUGGGCCUGAUGGAGAUUACUGUUCCCAGGCAGCUUUCUUUUUCCGAAUGACCACCGAUGAGGAAGAGGCAUUAUCUUUCUCCAUGAAUAACUACUUAAGGCUUAACACUGAAGAUAUGAGUAAAUUAUCACCAAAUACUAAUUAUAGUAAUGGUGGUUACAUCCUGUCACCAGGAAUAACAGAACCAAGUGCAUUUAAGAUGCUUGCCAAAUACAUCUAUCCCUACGACAGACGAACCCAGAGUGAGAAGGACAGAGACCAUGCCAUUGCUCAGUUUCAUUCAUUGUUACGAUACUUGCGGGAGGGCGGUUCACCAGACUCAUCAUACAUUGAAUGUCAGGAUGAAGCAAAGGAGCUCAUUGGAGGAAGAAAUCAGACUGCAAACUUAAAUAGUGACUUUGAAUUCAAUAAAGAGGAACCAGUCUUCUUUCGAGUGAAUCAUGCAGAGAGAGAGGAGGACAUAAGCCAGAAGGUGUUGGAAGAGAAUGAACAUGCAUUUACAAUUAUAGCAAAUAAAUAUGCAGUGAUUUCCAUGGUUGCCCUCUCAGCUUGGGUGAACCUAGGCCAUGACCACACAAUAGAGACAUCAAUUAUAAGGCUUGCUGUGGAAGAAGAGUGCUUUGAGGUAGAAGGUGAGGGAACAAGAUGGCAAGGCAAAGUCCAGCUAUUUGAAGAUUCAGAUUCCUCAAGUGCAGAAACCAUAGAGAAUCUUGAGCAGCAGGAAGAGGAAGUGGAAGUGGAAGAUGAAGAGGACUGGGAAGGAGGAGACUGGUCGAGCCCUGAGGAAUUGCCUUCGUUAGGGGAAGGGAUAAUGAACCCUUCGGAGAACUGGGACUGGGGCCCUCCCGAUUCGGACUCAGGUUGGGAAUCUUGAUUUCAACAGGAGUAAUAUUUAAUUUGAAUAUUUAUUUGAUGUUAUUAUUUUAUAUUCCACAUACAUGUAAACCAUUGAUUUUUUAGUUUGAAUAUGUGAAACUAUUUUGUAGAAUGGGAGCAAGUAGAUAUUGUUUGCCUUUAAUGUUUAGAAGAAUAACAUUUCUGUAAUUUAUUAUACAGCAUUGGCUUAGUAGGCUUGUUUAUCUAAGUAUUAAAACAGUUUCAAGGGAAGAAACUGUUGUGAAAGAAAAUACAAAAGUAUGUAUUAAAAAAAAAUCAAAAUAUUUAGAUGUCCUUAUUAAUGUUUGAUUUAGAGGGUUUGUCGUAAUAUGCCUUUAUAGGUGGUAGUUAUUGAGUAGAAUGAAAACCAGUAUAUUUGUAUGAUUCAUUUUAUGCUUUUGAAUAACUUGAAGAAUUAAGAGAAGCAUUUGUAACAGCUUGUUCUUGGAGGUAGAAAUGAGAAAGGUGCUAUGUGGUGCUAAGACUGCUCUGCUCUGCAAAAGAGUAGAGAAAUGAGUUUAUGUGUGAUUCCAUUGUUGGUGAUGAGCAUUAUUGCGAGGGUGAAGAUAAGGUGAUUUUGUUUAUUAUUUCUUCACAGUUGAAUGUAGUUUGUUCAAAGAUGGACAAUAUUUUUAUUUGGUAAUACUAGAUUGUGCUUCAUGUUGUUGCAAUUGGCAAAAGAAUGUUAUGAGGCCAAUUUAUAGUUAUUUAUUAAUUUCUUAAAAAAAAAGAUUAGGUUUCUAUGCAUCAGAUGGAUGCAAAUGUAGAUGUAGGUAGAAACAUUUAUUUCAAAGAUUGAAAGAAAGUCAUAGAGUAUGUUUUUGAAAGUGUUUGGAAAGCAACAUUAAUUGAUGUCUUAUUAAUGUGCCAAAUAUAUAAUCAGUGUUCUUUAAAAGGGAUAGACUUCAUAAGUGUAGGAUUGAUAUUAAAAUACUUGUAAGCAUUUGAGAAACUCCUAGAGGGCCAGCAUGUUUUCUUUUGACAUCAUGCAAAUGUAAAACAUGUAUUGAAAAAAAAGAAUGCAUUUAUUGAAUUUUAUAAUAUUAAGCAGAAUUUUAAUGUAUGUAAUAUGUCCCAUCUUUUAAGACAAAUUGCAUAAUUAACUUUUUUUCAAAAUAGCUUAUCAGUAUGUUUGUAUUAUGGUAAACAAUUACUGAAUAUUUAUUUUUCAGUACUUAUAUAUGUAUAUAAAUCCUAGAGUUAUAUGACAGUACUAUAAUUUUUGUAUAAAGUAAUUCACCUGAUUUUAUUUUUUUUUUUUAUUUUUUUUAUUUUUUUGUAAUACCUUUUCUUUUCAGGCUGUCUAUACUUUUUUCUCUGUGAUGUUGAUUGUUAUUUGAGAAUAUUUUUCAUCACUUGCGUUCCUCCUAGGCUAUGCUUAUCAAAGAAGGUAAGCUUCCUGGACUUUGUCAUUUAUAUGAAUUCACUUUUUUUCAUGAAAUGUGUCUUAUUUCAUAUUGUGACUGAAAUUAUGAUAUAGAACCAAAAUAUACAAGAUUUGUGUGGGAAGAUUUGGAUUUUUUUUUAUUAUUUUCAGGUUUGUUUUUAUUCACACAAAGAAGCCAAAUCUCUUACAGUCUCAAGGUGAAGAUUUAGUUGAUAGAUCAUAUUCCUGUAUAUUAAUAAUUGUGUUUUAGUUUAUUCCAGAUUUUUUAUUUUAUAUUAACAUAAUUAUUUUCAGUCAUUUUUGACCACAUGUACUUCUAAAAUUACAUAAUAUGGUGAUCAUGAGAUCAGAAGACAUAAAUAAUAGCUUGGCCAAAGUUCUAGUAUUAAGGAUCACAAGGAGAUGAGUUGUCACUCAUAAGCACAUGGGUGCAAAAGAGUGUCACCAUGCUUGUGUACAUGUUUAGAGUAAUCCUGCUUUAACGGUUCCUGUACUAAAAUGUACAUUAGGAUUAGAGGAAUUAUGUGUUUUAUCAGUGUAGCAUUAGACAUCCUCAGAUAUAGACCAUCACAUUAUUUUUUGUGAAUUCAUGAGGUGUGUCCUUUUCAUUUACUAGCCCUGGAAAUAUUUUUUAUAAUUUCAUUGGACUUUGAAAAGUUACUGAAAGCAAGAACAACAGUGAAAGACCUUAUUUCAUAAUCUCUGCCAAUAUUAUUGGUUGUUUGUUGCACUCGUCAUUUUAUAGUAGGCUAAAUGAGUCUGACAAGCUAUUUCAUUCAAGUGUUACUGAAAACCUUGGUUACCAUAAAACUAUGGAUUCUUUCUAUUAGAAUCACAGGAGGGGUGCUUUGGUUAAAUGUAAAUUGAUGGAAAGUCCAAAUAAUCCUUGAUGGAUGGGGAAUUUCCUAUAAAAAAUAAAGACAGAGUAAAAUGAAGUUAUGUCAUUUUCUUUAAUUCUUCUUUUCUUAUUCCUGAAGUGAAAAAGGAGGAUGAAAGGAAAUAGACAACUUGUGUCCCACAUGAAUACUUGAUUGAAAUAUAAGGUGAUUCUACAUAUUUAUCAUUUCAUUUUUUUUUCUUUUCUUUUCUUUUUCUUUUUUUCUGUUAAUCCUUGGAAGAUAUAGGUGCUAUUUUAGUAAAGGAUGUAUUUCAGGUUUUUAUCCCUUUUUCAUAUUCUGGUGCACCUUCCUACGUAAAACCAAGUUAAACUAGUAGCUAACCUUUGCCAAAGUAAUAACUAGAUGCUUGUACAAGUAUCUAUAUAUUUAGUUAUGUAACUUCCAGAAGUAGUAGGUAAUUCUCUCGGAGAAAUCAAAGAAGUUGGUAGCUAAUCUAGAAAAAAAAAAGUAUCUAGCAAGGUAAUAGAUAGCAUGAAAAAAGCAAGAAUAAAAAAGCAAAGUAGCUGUUAUUUUUGUAGUGUCUACUAAGUAAGGUACUAACUGCCGGCGUGAAACUGUUAGCUAUGCCUACUCUUACCAUAAAGAUAUUGGUUACUCUCACCAAACUGUGUCUUUCUCUUAUUUAAUUUACGUAAAAUUGGUAAAUGUCACUUCUUAUUUCCAUGUUAUCACAGAUGUGAUUACUUUUUUCUCUCUAAUUGGAGAUAAGUGUAACAAAUAAAUUGAUGUAUCAGAGUACAGUAUUUGAAUAUUGAUUAAUCUCGAGAUUGUCAAUAAAUACAUUCAAGUACGGGUUAGGUACUUCAGCUACAGUGUGUUAUGAUAUCCAAGAAUUUCAUGAUGUGUUUUCAUUUACAAGACUUGACUGGAUAGCCUUUCUGUUUAUAAAAUAUUUAGCACAUUGUACAAUAUGGAUGUCUAAGAUGUUUCCAGUCAUUGCGACAGAGAGUGCAAAAUGUACCUCAACUUCAUGUUAGAUUGGAAAGUUUCUUUGAUAUACUGUACACCAUAUAACCCCCAGUACUUAUGUAUGUUUACAGUGAAGCAGUUAAGGAGGUGUGUCAUAUGUCUAGCAUCAUUAUUACAUGGACAUGUAUAAAUGUGAUGAUAAUACAUUUGUAAAAGUAAACACCUCUGUCAGAUGCAGAUGGCUAAGGUCUAAGGUGCUAGGCACAGUAUGGCUUUUGAUGAUGUCUUCAUUCAGAGAAGUAACUGUGAGAAAAAAAAAUAUAUAUAUCAACAAACUAUGAGAUAUUAAACAAAUAUAAAUUGCAUGUCACUGGCAUUUUUUCAUAAGCCAUAGCAAAGCACCAGAGCCUCAUCUUGAUGCAUGUAGUCGUCACCAUGGCCUGUAGACUAAGUAGACUUGUCUUUGGUGCCAACUUUAGGUUCCUGCUAAAUUAGGGAUAUUAAAGAGGUAAUACAUAGUGUGAUAUGUAAUAUUAAUUUGACUAGUGCUUUAUAUGUGGUCUUGACAUUGCAGUAAUCCAGAACUUGCUGCUUGCAAUUGAAAUUUACCACUUACUGCUCAAAAGCUGAAAAUUGAAGCAAUAAUCACAAAAGUUGGAACAAAUUAUAUCAGGUGUGCCAUGUGCAAACCAAAACACAAAACUUGAGACCAGUAGUUUUUUGAUGAUACAAAUGUAAACCAGUGAGGUAAACUUCUGAAAGGGAUCAUAUUCAAGAAAGGCUUUAUAAGAAAUAAUCCAAACCAUUUGUUAAAGCCAUUUGUAUCAAAUCAUAAGACCAGAAUGACUUCAUUAAGAAUGGCAUGUGAUUGUAAAGAGAUAUGGUAAACUCUGAAUCUGUGAUGCAGUUGUUCAUCUGUUCAGUGUCCAAAAGAUUUUUUCAAGGAUGUGAUCUGGUGCUGUAAUUAAAUAAAAGUUCUAAAAUUAAAACAGAAAAUUGGAUUGAUUUAAUAUUUAUUGUAAAACAUCAUGUAAUAAAGUAACAUAAUU